AUGCGUCACCUUUACCUACGGGAACCGCUCGCCGGAAACAGCGACUUCGGAGUCGGUCAAGUCUACAGUCAGGAGGUUAUCAAGCAAAUGCAUCUUGAGAUCUCAACGCGAAUCACGAUUUUGACCAUCUUCAUCACCCCCGGCCAAGUCAUUUGCAAAAAUCUGGCACGCCUUACGCAGGCCAAGGCGCGACAAUACAUCGCUUCAAAUCUUCAUUUAGGGCCUUUGGAAAACAGGAGUGUCGACAACGGGACAGCACUGUGGUGGGAGGAAGAUGGUUUGGAAGUUGUUGAGCUAAUGGGGCAUGAUCCUCUGUUCACGCAUUUUCGAUACGAACCCCCAAACGAGCUUUACGUGUUUGUUCAACAUGUUAACUCGGUUCCAGAUGCUCUUUCUGAAUUUGUUUUCCUCGGACGUUUCUACCGAACAACCUCGGCCAACAUUCAAGACCAGUCCCCCGUUGCCGCAAUGUAUCAGUCGAACAUGGCUACAUUGCCAUACAAGUUACUUUGGGUUGGAAUGCAAAUUUUCCUCGCAUUUCAGGUCAUGCUGGCUCAAGAAUCCGCUCCCGCCGUGCAGGCUCAAACAUCCGUCGACACUACCGCCAGCAAUGUUUCCGAUGAUGAAACUUCCAAUGGAGAACCAGCUCAUGCAGUUGCUGAGUUUGAGUUUGACACCGACGACUCCACUGUCAUAGACGAGCCCCCUCUAAAUGGGGACAACUCAGAUGUCGAUACAUCCGACAGCGAAGAUUCAGAAGAUUAUCUUGAGAGUGACAUGGACUCAGAAGAUUGCUUUUUAAAUCUCCUUGAGAAUCCUACUAAUGAUUUUGUUACUGAUGACGAUAGGAUUAAAGCGAUAGCGAACUUAAGCUCCGGAUCCUCAGGCGCUAACGAUAUGUGUGGCAUGAAAAAGGUUGCGGAAUUGCUUCCCUGGCCUGUCAAGGACCGAUUAUUCCAAGACCAGAUCACACCUUACAGGAGCAUUGGGUUGGCGCUCAACUGGCCCUUCUUCAACUUUAUCAUGUUCUUCGUCGUUUAUCCCCUGAUAGAGGUAUUUCGAUACGCCCUAGCCCCCAUCGCACCGUUCACCUGGUUCGGCCUUCCAAUCAGCACCCUUGACCUCGUAGCCACCUUCCGGCUUUGCCUCGUUCUCCGCCAGAUCAGAGAGAUAAAGUAUGCCCACCACAUAUCGACGAAGGGGUCCGAGGCCACUGAAGAGAAAUCCUUCGUCAAGAGCGUCGCUACCACUCUUCUCGUGGUCUAUGGAGGUGAAGCGAUGACAGCGUUUCUACUUGGCUUUCCGCCGUCUUUUAUACUCUCUGGCACGGUCCCUGCGCUGUACAUUGCCGUUCAGGCAUUGGUUGACUACCUCCCCGCUGUACCAGCCCCUUCAGCACAGCUGGAGCUCCCCCUAGCAAUCGUGGACGGCUUUACGCGUGCCUACCUUCUGUGCAACCUUAUUCCCCCCACUGUUACGGCGAACACCUCACCCCUCAUUGCUUCUUCUCCCUGGACACUGUUAAUCACUUCGCUGAUCACAGCCAAUGGAGGUUUCUUGCUGACGAACAUGUACUCAUUUCUCGAUCCAACGCCGUUAGCCCUCCAAACACCACCAGAACUCCAGGCCUACGGAUGGACAACCGCAGACUUGUGGUGUGCACCCCUCAUUACAGGACUUUAUGCCCUCCUUACGCAUGCGCAACCAUUCUGGGCCGACGCCCACACCCUCCUCGUUGGCCUCCUUGGAGGUGUUCAAUUGGACAAAGGGAUCGAGGCGGUCGACCCAGAGGUUGCGAGGGCUGUCUGCGCGCUGCUGCUUGGCACUCUCUUCGUUGGGAGGACGACAAAGAACUUCAAUCUCUGGAAGAAACCUUUCCCCGUCAUUGAGAAGGGUGGUGAACGAGAGUUUGAACGAAUCAUGGAGAAUACCAACACCGUUCUUGUUCAAGGCAUUGCAUCGCGCAUGUUUACCUAUUCGUCGGUUGAGUUAUUCGACUCUGUGAAGAUAAAGGAGUCGGCGUUAGUCUCGUUUGUAGUAGCAGCACAAGGCGAGAUGCAACGGCUAGGUUCUAGCUCUCGCCGAAGACGGCGAGAUCAUGGUAUUUGUGUUAUCGAGCCAGCGAUGGGAGAGCAUUUCCAAGUAAGGAUUCGCUGGAACGACGACGGGUUUGAAGCUACGGACUGGGCUCAUCGCGAGAGACCUGAGGUUUCAAAUUGGGCACCGGUGAACAGCGGUUUCGGAUGUGCUGUCAUCACGGCCAGGUUCACGAAGUAG